AAAAAAAAAAUGAUAAAAAUGAUAACCGAAAUUUUCUCUUCGUUUAAAACUUCAGAUAUAUUGUCUCUUUUGAUAAUUUUUAUAAUCUUAUAUGUAACUCAAUUCUAUUAUAAAUAUUUCACUCGUCCAAAUCCUUUACCUGGUCCAUUUCCAAUUCCGAUACUUGGUAAUAUUCAUCAAAAAUUUAGACAUGAAUUUAAUGAUUGGUUUAUGUUAUUACAUAAAAAAUAUGGUGAUAUGUUCGAAAUAGCAUUAGGUAGUCAACGUUUUAUCGUAUUAUGUAGGCCGGAUUUAAUUGAAAAUAUGAUUGUACCUUCAAAGAAAACUAAAUAUCCUUUAAGAAUUAUUGUUACAGAAGAUUUAAAAGAAUAUUUUAGGACAAGUGGUUUAGGAAUAAUUAGUAAUGAAGUAUAUGAAUCAUGGAAAUAUAAUCGACAACUUUUUACUCAAUCUAUGUCGACUUCAAAUUUUAAUAAUCAAGCUAUUGAAUGGACGAUUGAAUUAUGGGAACAAAUGGAAUCUUAUUGGAAUAAUCUUGGAGAAGAUUAUGAACUAAAUCUUACAAAAUGGAUGCGAAGAUUUACUAAUGAUAUUAUUCUUAGAAUUGCGACUGGAAUAAAAAAUGAUUCCGUUCUUUCUUAUUAUAAUACUCUUAUUAAAAAUGAUAAUCGUAAUAUAAAUGAAAAAGAAAAAAAGAAAAUUGAAGAAUCUGAAAGUUUUAUUCGAUCAAUAGAAAUUUUUGUAGAAGGAAUGGUGGUUUUUUUUGUUUUUAAUAAAUUUAUUCGUCGUUAUGUUCCAUUUAUUAGUGGAAAUGUGAAAAGGUUAUUAAAGAAUAGAGAUUAUUUAUAUGACAAAAUAUUUAAUAUUAUUAAAAAAAGAAGAAUUGAAAUUGAUAAUACACCAUUAGAUCAACCACUUCGUCAUGAUAUGUUGACGUCCCAUAUGAUUAUAAAUACUUCACGUCAUCUUAAUGUCAUAAGGCACGAAGAUGAUGUUUUAAGACCAAUGGAAGACAGAGAAAUUUUUGCUAAUAUAUUCGAUACCAUGCUUGGAGGAACUGAUACUACAGCGAAUUUGUUUUGCUUUAUCGUAUAUUAUCUUGGACAUUAUCCCGAAGUGAAGCAAAAAUUGCAACAAGAAUUGGAAACAGUUUUUGGUAAAAAUUUAACAAAUCCUGUAACAUCUAAAGGUCUUGAUGAAUUACGAUAUUGUGAUUCAGUUAUAAAAGAAGUAUAUCGUCAUAUUCCUGUGUUUUUUACAGUAGGCCGUGUAAAUGUUGAAAAUGAUAAUUUUGGAGGAUACAAUUGGCCGAAAGGAACUACAUUUCAAAUGUUUCUUUCCGCAAUGAUGAUGAGUAAGAAUUAUUGGACUGAUCCUGAAAAAUUUGACCCUGAUAGAUUUUAUAAUAUUGAAGAAAGUGAUAAAUAUUUACUUGAAAAACAACACGUUAAGAAUUCUUUCUUUAUGUGGGGAGGUGGAAUUAGGAUCUGUCCGGGAAGAAAAUUGGCAAUGAUAGAAUUAAAGUGCUUAUUGACCUUAAUUUAUAGAAAGUAUAAUAUUGAAAUGGCGGAUAUGAACGCACCUCUUAAAUAUAGAUCUGAUGUUAUAACGAUUAGUAAAGAAUUAAUCAUUAAGGUUAAACCAAGAAAUUCUUAAAAAUCUAGAUAUUUUUUAACGCUUUAAUUUAAAGUAUUUAUUAACCUAUAAAAUUUGAGUAUAUAUACGCUAAAGAUUUGUAAAAUCAAUUAACUCUUAUAAUUAAUAAAAAAAAAUAACAUUAAAUAUCUG